CCCCACCUCUCUCCACAUACUCUCUCUCCCUUCCUCCUCUUUCUCUCUCUCUCGCUAGCGCUCUCUGUCUCUCCGAUCAAAUCCGUUCGAGUGACAACUCGCUAUCUAUUGCGCGCAGUCUCCCUCACUCAGUGACCAUGCAGCUUCUCUCACCCCCUUCCUUCUUCUAUUCUUCUUCUUCUUCUUCUUCUUCUUGGUCGUCCGUGACCUCAUCAUUCUCUGCAACGUCGUCGCCUUCUCUCCUCCUCGUUCCUUUCGUGCUCUCCUAUCUCCUCCUCCUCGUGCUCCUCCAAUGGCGUCUCCACCAGAAGGGCGACGGCAAGCGCCGCCUCCUCCCGCCGGGCUCCAUGGGCUGGCCUUACAUUGGAGAGACCCUCAAGCUCUACACCCAGAACCCCAACGCCUUCUUCUCCAUCCGCCAGAAACGGUACGGGGACGUGUUCAAGACGCACAUACUGGGGUGCCCGUGCGUGAUGGUGACCAGCCCGGAGGCGGCGAGGGUGGUGCUGGUGAGCCAGGCGCACCUGUUCAAGCCGACGUAUCCCGCGAGCAAAGAGCGGAUGAUCGGACCGGACGCUAUCUUCUUUCACCAAGGGGCUUAUCACUCCCGGCUCAAGAAGCUCAUUCAGGCCUCGUUCCUUCCUUCUUCCAUUAAAGGGUCUGUCUCCGAGAUCGAGCGCAUCGUCCUCGCGCUCUUGCACGCUUGGAGAGAUCGCUCCGUCAUCAACACGUUGCACGAAAUGAAGAUGUUUGCUUUCGAUGUGGCAAUGAUUUCGGUCUUCGGAGGCGAAGUGGAGCUCGAAUUGAAGAGCAUCAAACACCUGUAUCAACGCCUCACGGACGGUUACAAUUCCAUGCCUUUGGAUCUUCCCGGCACUCCCUUUCGUAAAGCCAUGAAGGCAAGAAGUCUCUUGAACGAGACAUUGAGGGGGCUGAUAGAGAAGAGAAGAAGAGAGAGCGACAAGGGUGAUAGUGGAGGCUUGUUGGAGGUCUUGCUGAGGGCUAAGGACCCCAAAAUGGACCAGCUCACCGAUUCGCAGAUUGCCGACAACGUGAUCGGCGUCAUAUUCGCGGCUCACGACACCACCGCGAGUGUGUUGACGUGGGUGCUCAAGUACUUGCACGAUAACAGCCAUGUGCUCGAAGCUGUGACCAGGGAGCAAGAGGGUAUUCGACGCAAAUUGGUCGAGUCAAGCCGCAGUCUUACCUGGGACGACACUAGACGGAUGCCAUUGACAAGCCGGGUGAUUCAAGAGACAUUAAGGACGGCAAGUAUACUGUCGUUCACAUUUAGAGAAGCAGUGGAGGAUGUGGAGCUCGAAGGAUAUGUGAUCCCAAAAGGUUGGAAGGUCCUCCCUCUAUUCCGAAGCAUCCACCAUUGCGAAGAUUUCUUCCCUCAGCCCGACAAGUUUGACCCUUCGAGAUUUGAGGUGCCCCCAAGGCCGAACACGUACAUGCCGUUCGGCAACGGAGUGCACUCUUGUCCUGGCAGCGAGCUGGCAAAGCUGGAAAUGCUCGUCCUCCUUCACCACCUUACCAUCUCCCACAGGUGGGAAACUGUGGGAGAGGAUGAUGGUAUACAGUAUGGGCCUUUCCCAGUACCCAAAGGAGGCCUACCCAUUAGAGUCCGGCCAUGGAGGAGGGACCGGAUCAUCUGAUGAAACACAUGUUUUUAAAGGGUUCUAAGUCAUGAUUCUAUCUUUAGUCCAGACCAGAACCUAUGCUAUCCCCCCCAAUCUUAGCUUUCAUUUCAUAUCUUUUUCGGUUUAUUGGUGGAAUUGGCCGCCAUUGUGAAGUUUAGGAGGAUCACUCUCCAUUCUCUUUUUUCGAUUUGUGUAAAGCGCGGAGUUUGUGAAGACAAGGUGGGAACGACAACGAAUGUUGUCGAACCUCUCCAAAUGCUCGACGACGGUUAAUGAAAAGGAUGCUCUACUCAUCUUGUGAUCUC